CAGGAGGAGCGAAAACAAUGCAAACUCUACGGGUUUUGGUCUUCGCCCUCUUGGUGGCGUUGCUAUCGGCGGCACCUGUGGCAGAAGAUGGCGCCACUGUCGAGAAAAUUAACGCCAUCUUCAGUGACGAAGAUGCGCCACCUGUUGUUGAGGGUACGGCGGCAGCCGACACCAUACUAGAAGAAGCAGCCAACUCCGAUGAUCAGGAAGAGGAAGAGGAAGAGGAACAGGAACAGGAACAGGAAGCCAACGAUAUUGCGGGAAUCGUCGAGACCGAGGAGCUCGAUAUCCCGGAAGAGGAACAGGAAACAGAUG